UCGUUUGGUCUUUGUUGAAGGAUUAAAUUGAGCAAGAGCUAACUAGCCAGCUGUCUGCGUAUUUAGAGAAAUUUUGGUUUCUUGAAGGCAUGCCGAUUUAUCAUGCAAGCUAGCUAGUCAUCUUUGUUACAAGUUAGCUGGAAAGCUAACCUAGAAUAGCUAACGUUAGCUAAAUAACAUGUUUGUUAGCCGUGACACAUGAUCAUGAUCCAUGAACUAAAAACAAUUCUAGACUCUUAGACAUCCGGCGAAUCAUUUUUAUUUUGUAAUUUUGCAUUCCAUUGUUUACAGCUACAGAAAAUGACUUCCGCAUUGGAGGACCCAACACUGGAGAGGCAUUUUAAAGGCCACAGAGACACCAUAACCAGUGUAGAUUUCAACUGCAACAUGAAGCAAAUUGCUACUGGCUCCAUGGACUCCUGUUUAAUGAUCUGGCACAUGAAGGCACAGAUGAGAGCUUAUCGCUUCGUGGGACACAAAGAUGCAGUGAUGUCUGUUCAGUUUUCGCCAUCAGGCCACCUCGUGGCAUCUGCGUCUAGGGAUAAAACUGUCCGCCUUUGGGUGCCUGGCAUGAAGGGUGAGUCCACGGUCUUCCGUGCCCACACGGGGACGGUCCGUAGCGUCAACUUCUCCGGUGACGGCCAGUCCCUCGUCACCGCCUCUGAUGACAAGACCGUCAAGGUGUGGACCGUGCAUCGGCAGAAGUUCCUCUUCUCCUUCAAUCAGCACAUCAACUGGGUGCGCUGUGCCAAAUUUUCACCUGACGGUCGGCUAAUAGUUUCAGCAAGCGACGACAAGACUGUAAAGAUAUGGGACAAAACCAGCCGCGAAUGCAUACACUCAUUUUAUGAACACGGCGGCCAUGUGAACUACGCUGACUUCCACCCCAGUGGCACCUGCAUCGCGGCAGCUGGUUCAGACAGCACCGUCAAAGUGUGGGACAUCCGCACUCACAAGCUUCUCCAGCAUUACCAAGUACACACUGCUGUAGUGAAUGGACUGUCCUUCCACCCAUCGGGGAACUACCUCAUCACGGCUUCCAAUGACUCUACCCUGAAGAUCCUGGACCUGGUGGAGGGGAGGCUGCUGUACACUCUGCAUGGACAUCAGGGUCCAGCGACGUGUGUGGCAUUCUCCAGGACGGGGGACUACUUUGCCUCAGGUGGCUCCGAUGAACAGGUGAUGGUGUGGAAGACCAACUUCGACUCGGAGGAUUAUGGAGAGGUUCUGCGCCUGCAGCAGAGAGCCACCAGCGUGGAGGGAGAGGCGUUUGCCGCAGAUCCUGGCUCCAGGACCUUGCUGCGUGGCUCCGCAGCCUCACGGCCAAACCAGGUGUCGGAAAUGGCGGAGCUGUCGGAUGGCCGGAGGUCUCGCUCAGAGAGGAGUCGCAGCCGCAGCUUCAGCCUCAGCAGGCCCUCGCAGACCUCCAGAGACACCAGUGUCAAGUCCUCCUCCUCCCAGCAGCAGCAACAACAGCAGCCGGAGCCCGUGUCCGCAGAUGACAGGGUGCCGGCCGCCCUGGCCAACACUCUGGAGCACAUUGUGGGCCAGCUCGACGUUCUCACACAGACAGUGGCGAUUCUGGAACAGAGGCUGACACUGACGGAGGACAAGCUGAAGGAGUGCAUUGACAACCAGCACAAGAUCAGCCUGCAGCUCCAGCCAAGAGACCCGGGACCCAGCUCCUGAGGGAAGACCUGGCCCCCGGCCCACUCUUUCCUUGGUAUUUGUCAUCCCAAUGGACUUAGCUGACCCUCUGCAGUAUCAGCUUCUCUUAUUCAUUUUCUCUUGAGUACAAAGUCAAUCACACUGUACCAUCACCAGGCAGCAUUCACUCCCAGUCCUGAAGCUCUUAAUUUGUAAGGGGUGUUGUACUGAGAACAGUUUCACAUGAGGGUUGUGCUAUCAAGUGGUGGUAAAAAAAAAGGGCUGUGAGCAUCAUCCUCGUUGUAUGUUUCUGGGUUUCAAGAUGUGUGCUGAGUGGAGCUGGCGUGUGUUUUUGUGUGUGUGUGUGCGCGUGCGCGUGUGUGUGAGGGAAGUCGGAAGCACGUACUUACAGAAGAGCUACUGAUGUAUAUUUGCGUGAAGAUAAACAACAGUUUGGACUAACAUUUAUGCUGAGACCAGAUUGUUUUCCGCUGAGUAAGUAUGUCCCACAAGUUUCCUGGGAGUAAGUGGUGACGCCUGCCCAGAAGCAAUCACACCAGAGAUGGGUAUCGACGACUCCACCACAGCACAGGCUGCAGAGUCUUAAUGAGGAGCACAUCUGUGGAAAACAAGGAUUACCAUCUGAUAAAAGCCUUUUAGUGCCUUAAUCUCAGUCUUCUGGAUAAUGGAGUGACAAAGACCUGGUAGACAGCAGAUUCCAUUAGAUUGCAGUGUGGGAAAUCAUCUGUGAUAUUUUAACUGUGUCUGUGUGUGUGGUUUUUGUGCUUUAAAAUG